GUCAUCUCUGCAUUACAAUCCAACCUUGGCGCGGCAGAUGGCUUUAUGCCUCUCAAGCGAGGCCAUACACGGCCUCUUCACCCUCUCUUGCGCCGUCGCUCACCUUGGCCUUCGAUAGCGCCUAACUUUCAAUGCGGGACUUUAUGAUUUAUAAAUAUCUUCGCUUGGCGGCAUUUGCUGUGCUUGCACUCUUUUCCUAGGAACAAGAUCGACGUCGUCAUGGGGUCGGCAGUCCAGUACCGCAAUCUAUCAGAUUCGGUUCCAAGAGGUAGUCUUCUUCCGACUUGUCUCUAUUGGGAAGCUGCUUUGGUCUAACGCCAACCAUACACUUUGCUAUGGCUGCGAUGCGGAAGAAACGGUUUUUGCCUAAACCCUCCGUCCCAAACUCUCGUGUCACACAAAUGCAAAAGAAGGGCUCUCGAACGGGAUUCUGGACCGUUGAAUAAUUUCCCCAGUUGAAGCCAAGAGCGCUUCUCCCAAAAGCUGGCAUUAGACACGUCGAUCUGCUUAGCAAGCUGCCGUUCGAUGGUUUUGCAUAUAGCACUUUUCUACAUUGCCGGCCCCUUGUCUGCUUUCACGUCAAAGCAGUCAUCCGUCCUCCGUCAUGUCAGAUUGACGGCUUUGCGCAGGCCUGGAACAGAUUGCCUGGUAGUCUAUCCCACAGCCACCCGCAUGCGAUAUGUGAAUGCCAAUGCCGAUGAUUUGUGGACAAUGUCCAGCCGUCCAAGUGAGUACACUGAGUGGCGCCGAGCACAAUCUUGGCUCUCUUCGGCACCGCCUGCACUUUAUCUGUCUCACGAAUUUCGGAUAGCCUGCGCGGUGUAUAGAUCCCGUAUGGGAAGGAGAGCAACAUCCCUAUUUGGACUGCGGAGAGGACCACCGCUUGGUUGAUUGCCGGCACUGUAAUGUAUCGACUAUAAAUGCGUCUUUUCCCAUGUUGUGAACAAACAUUGAUCGGAUCUGAAAUGUCACCCUGCCAUCCCGCGACGCGUCGAUCUUCUGGAAAGGGAACCUUCAUAGUCGAAGAUAGUAGCAGGCCUGUCGAAGAGUCACCACAGUCUUUUGCCCAUCAUGAAGUUCUCACUCACUACUGUUGCUGCCUGUGUCACCGCAGUGCAAGCCCACGCCAUCUUCCAGAAAGUGUCCGUCAACGGCAAGGACAUGGGCCAACUAACCGGCAUCCGGGCCCCUAGCAACAACAACCCUGUCAUGGACGUCAACUCCAACUCCUUGACCUGCGGCACCCCGGGCACCACCUCCUCCGCCGUGAUCGACGUCCCCUCCGGCGCCAGGGUGGGUGCAUACUACGGCCACAUAAUCGGCGGCGCCCAGAUCCCCAAUGACCCUGACCACCCCAUCGCCGCCUCGCACAAGGGUCCGAUCCAGGUCUACCUGGCCAAGGUUGACAACGCCGCCUCGGCUAACCCCAACAGCGUGAACUGGUUCAAGAUCAACUCGGUCGGCUUCGACUCGGGCUCCAAGAAGUGGGCAGUCGACACCCUGAUUCAGAACCAGGGCUGGCACUACUUCAACCUGCCGUCGUGCGUCGCCCCCGGCCAGUACCUGAUGCGCGUCGAGCUGCUGGCCCUGCACUCGGCCAACAGGCAGAACCAAUUCCAGUUCUACAGCUCGUGCGCCCAGAUCAACGUCUCGGGGUCUGGCAGCUUCUCCCCCUCGCAGACGGUCAAGUUCCCCGGCGCGUACACUGCCAACGACCGAGGAAUCCUCGUCAAUAUCUACGGGGCCGGCGGCGCCACCGACAUGUCCGGUUCCGGAGGCGUAUACUACCCACCUGGUCCGGCCGUCAUCAACUGCUAGAGUGAGCUUCGGGGCGAGCUUGGAUUUCUUUUUUUCCUGUUUUUGAUAUAUGGCGCCGGUAGUUCAUACUGUAAACUAGCAUCAUAGCUGAAUAAGCGAGAAGUAGAGGAAUGCCAUUCAGUAUUGGUGUGUGUCAAGAAAAAGAAAAAGUCAAUUCCGGCAUGAUUGCUCAGCGUGUCAUGACGUAAGGUCUAAGCCUAGCUUAGAAGCUACCUAUGGC